AUGUCACAGACAGCAGCUCUUUUCGAUCGUCCUGUACCAACUCAGCAACCACGACAUCUGCUGCAAUUCAAGGCCGGAAAGAUGACCAUGAAAGACGAUCAUUGGGUUCAUCCAGAUCCGCGCAAGGGCUGCGCAUAUCUCUAUCAGUCAAGCGACUCCAAAGUGCACUUUUGUUGGUUUGACCGUCGUACAGGUCUGGUGGAGGAAAAUUACGUUUUGGUACCAAAACAAACCGAAUUCAAACCCGUAUCGCAGUGCAAGUCAGGCCGCGUUUAUGUGCUGAAAAACAAAGAGCAGCGUCUGUUUAUUUGGAUGCAGGAGCCAGACGCCAAGAACGACUCUGAGAUUUGCGAUUCUGUGAACCGAUUUAUUGAUUCUCCACCGCCGGCCACGCUAUUUUCCUUUUACCAUGCUAAACUGAACUUACCUUUAGCUAUGGGUGUCGGUCUGGGUAGCGGCUUGUCGUCGGAUACUGACACGUAA